CGGCGGCCGCCCGGGCCACGUGACAGCCCCCCCACCCCGGUCUCUCUCCCUGGUCAUAUGCCGGGGGCGGGGCGGGCCCAGGCGCUGCUUCCCCGCGCUCCGCUCUCGGCUGCGCCGGUGUCGCGGGGGGCGGCAGGCAGCGGGUCCCUCCGUCUCUCUCCUUCCCUCCGCGGCGGCGCAAUGUUCCCCGCGGCGGCUGUGGCGCGGCAGCUGGCGCUGGCCGCGCUGCUGGUGCUGUGCCCGGCGGCGGCGGCGCGGCAGGCGCGGAGGCCCAACGUGGUGCUCAUCCUCACCGACGACCAGGACGUCUGCCUGGGCGGCAUGACCCCUCUAAAGAAGACUAAUGCCCUCAUUGCGCAGAUGGGAAUAACCUUCUUAAAUGCAUAUGUUCCCAGUGCACUUUGCUGUCCCAGUCGAGCUAGCAUUUUAACAGGAAAAUACCCACAUAAUCAUCAUGUUGUCAAUAACACUCUGGAAGGAAACUGUAGCAGCAAAUCAUGGCAGAAGAUUCAAGAACCAUACACCUUCCCUGCACUACUCAAAACUAUGUGUGGCUAUCAGACAUUCUUUGCUGGAAAGUAUUUGAAUGAGUAUGGAGCAGAGGAUGCAGGGGGAGUAGGUCAUGUACCUCCUGGAUGGAGUUUCUGGUAUGCUUUGGAGAAAAAUUCAAAGUACUACAACUAUACUCUUUCAGUGAAUGGCAAAGCACGAAGGCAUGGUGAGAACUACAGUGUAGAUUACCUUACAGAUGUACUGGCUAACAUGUCUUUGGACUUCUUGGAGUAUAAAUCCAAUUUUGAACCCUUCUUUAUGAUGAUCUCCACCCCAGCACCACAUUCACCUUGGACCGCUGCUCCACAGUAUAAAAAGAGUUUUCAGAAUGUCAGUGCACCAAGAAACAGCAAUUUUAACAUUCAUGGAAAGAACAAGCACUGGUUAAUUCGACAAGCAAAGACUCCAAUGACUAACUCUUCAAUACAGUUUCUUGAUGAUGCUUAUAGAAAGAGGUGGCAAACUCUGUUGUCAGUAGAUGAUCUGAUAGAGAAGUUAGUGAAGAAACUGGAAUUCCAUGGAGAGUUAGAUAACACUUACAUCUUUUACACAUCAGACAAUGGCUUUCAUACUGGCCAGUUCUCAUUGCCAAUAGACAAACGGCAGUUGUAUGAGUUUGAUAUCAAAGUUCCAUUGCUAGUUCGAGGACCAGGAAUAAAACCAAAUCAGACAAACAAGAUGCUUGUUGCAAACAUUGAUCUGGGUCCCACUAUUCUGGAUAUCGCAGGGUAUGACCUGAACAAGACUCAGAUGGAUGGGAUGUCACUACUGCCACUGUUGAGAGGAGACAAAAAUGUGACAUGGAGAUCAGACUUCUUGGUGGAGUACCAAGGAGAAGGAUACAACGGCAGUGAUCCUACCUGCCCUGGCCUAGGACCUGGUGUUACACACUGUUUCCCAGACUGUGUGUGUGAAGAUUCCUAUAACAACACAUAUGCUUGUGUAAGGACACUGUCAGCUUCCUGGGAUCUGCAGUACUGUGAAUUUGAUGAUCGGGAGGUGUUUGUGGAAGUAUAUAACUUGACUGCUGAUCCACAUCAGAUCAAUAAUAUUGCUAAAACAAUAGAUCAAGAAAUUCUAGAAAAGAUGAACUAUCGAUUAAUGAUGCUGCAGUCCUGUUCAGGAGCAACCUGCCGUACACCAGGUGUCUUUGAUCCCGGGUACAGAUUUGACCCACGCCUCAUGUUCAGCAAUCACGGUGUUCGGGCUCGCAGGUUUUCUGCACAGUCCUUACAAAGCAUUUAAGAGCUUCUUGCGGUCAGCUCCCACUGAGCAGUGUCUCCAGUGACUGCAGCAGGUCUGUCUCUUAACUUUCAUUGAUCACAGCUGGAAGACUAUUAAUGGGCUGUUCAAACCCAGUUUGGAAGAAAAACCCUUGUCUUUAGCUGGUUGCCUUGUGCAAUAUGUAUAUUUACAGCUGAACUGUAAUUCUAAAUUGUCAGACAUAGCUAAUCUGUCUUGCUCAGAUAUUUGAUUACCACCUUUGUCUUUCAAGUACUUUUUCAUAUCACAGGCACAGAGGUUACCUAUGGCCUCUGAAUCUGAACACAGUUUAUUUUGCUCUAAAAAAAAAAUCAAUAAAUACAUAUUUGAAUUUGGUUAGGUAGGCAGGUGCUAUUGCACAGAAAUGCUCACCCAUAUUCACACCCUGUCAUAUGGACUUUCUUAAACGCUAGGUUUAAUUAUGGGCUUGUUGUACUGAGCUCAAAGCUGUUAAUGACAAUAGCAAACUAGCCCAAAAUAGCAUAGGAAGGCACUAGUCAAAGCUGUAGGAUCUGACUGGCAAGUGUCUUGUGCAGAAUUAAAAUCAGUAUGCUAAAUACCUUCUUUCAACAAGACCACUUCAAAUGAUAACGAUGCAUCUUAUAGAUCUGCUUUGGUAGCCUGUAAACAAGAAUGUAAUUUGAACCUCAUUCUAGUUUGAAAUGCUAGAGUAGGUUAACAUGUACUACUGAAACUUUCAAAGUUAAGGUUUUAACUCACUAAGAAGCCUAUCAAAACAGUGUUGAGACUAACAAGUAUUCAAGUAAGUGUGCCUGUUUUGAGCCGAUUUAAGUAUGUUUGAAUAUAUGAACAGGAAUACUAAAAUUCAAAAACAAAGCACCACAAUAGAGUUGAUCUUUUUCUAACCUCCAGUUGUCUCCAACUGUCUAACAUCUGAAGCCAAUUAGAUGCUUGAAGGUAAAUUAUUUUGAAAGUAAACUAGCUUUAAAAAAAAAAAAUUUCUGCUGGGUAGUAGCAAGAGGGCUAUUUAAGGCAGUUUAAGUGCUUCAUAGAUUUGCUUUCUCGUUGAGACAUAACUACUCAGAACCUGCAGUAAGUGGCCUUCACACCAAAAGACUGCAAGCCAGACUUCUGACUGCAGUACAUGAUCACAUGUUUUCCCUUUGGAAGGGUGAUGUCAUCUUUUCAACCUUCUUGUUAGUGUCAUCUGAAAUGCAGCCCAUCAAAUGAAACCUUCUACCAAGUAAACAUGAAGUAGGCAACAAAGUAUGACUCUCCCCAAAUCUAUGAAGGUACAUACUCCCAUGCAUACAUCCACAAACUGGAUAAAAGCAAUGCUAUAAAGAUCUGUUGAAUUUUCCUCACUUCUGCUUCUGAAGGAUAGAUGUUGACCUUCAUGUAGCUUAGAGUUGUAGAACUUCUGUGAUGGUAUACAGGUUAGACCUUUUUUAUAGAGCUUUUUGUCUCAAAUCUAGCUCACUGAAACAAUCUCUAGAGCGACCAAACAUUCGGAGAAAAAUAAUUAGCUUGAAAGGGAGUUCCUCAGCUGCAGUAUCUGUAUAAAUGCUGGGGGUUUUGGUUACUAUUUACAUGCUUUCAGAUACUCAAGAUUUUUUUUUUUUCUCUCCAUUACAAUUGUAGCUUUAUCUUGUUCUGUUUAUUGAGCCUUUGUAUUGCCCAUCAACAUCCUUCAGACUCUGGCUUCUCUUUAAAAACAAAACCAAAGUUGUGGGGUUUUUUAUGCUCUCAAAGUGUUUGCUCUUGCACACUGAGCUAAGCCUAAAGUUCAUUUAAGUAGUGUCUUGCUCAGAUAUUUUAGCAACUUAAACUUGUUCUUUGUUUAAGCUCUUUUUGGUAGCUGUAUAGAGGCUAGAGUGAAAUAAAUUGAUAGUUGCAAAUUAAACCCUACAGGGUUCUAUCAAAUCAAAGAAAUGACAUGACAAGCUUCUACUUGAGUUAAGUUUCAGUGAAAGUUGUGUGUCAUGAUGCUUCUUAAGAGAAAAGAAAUGUCAUAGGUACAAAUCUAUAACUUGAUUAAUUUAACACUAUCUAUCUCUUCUUAAAAUGAUUUAAGCCAUAGCAAGCAAAUUUUUGUAUGACUUAUGUGCUGUCUAAUACUUAAUUGAAAGUUAACUGAAUAGAAUCAAUAUAGAAUAUUCAGAAGUGGGAUUACAGAAUGUGUUUUACUCAAACUAUCACUCCUGAUAUCUGUACACCUGUAAAGCAUUUUUGUCUGUAAUGAGACUCAAUAUCCUACUUUUUUCCACACUCAGUGUCAGAGAACCACACUAUACCUGUAAUCCAUCAUAGGCAAUAAAUGUCCUGUUAAACUCAAUUUCAGAAUAAAAUUAGUCAGUCCUUACUUACCAAAAGAGAAUAGCUGUUCAGGAAAAUAUCUGCUUCGCUCACACUUUUUGAUACAGACUUAAGAACUGUUCAGCAAAAGCAUCUGGCUGAAGGAAGAACAGCAACAAACAGCUGCUUAGCUUCCACUGCCUUUAGAGGAGUUUGUUGCAACAUGUCUGGUGUCUCUUCCAAAGAAGCAGUUAAUUCCAUGGGUAUUUUUACAGUCCUGAAUGGACAGUAUUAAUACUUAUCCUUGAUGAUUAAAAGAAUAUUAUGAAGGGACUUUUAACUCGCAGCCAGACCUAAUUCCCAGAUAAGUCAUUUUAAAGUUAAAUGCUCUUCCUAGAUUUCCCUUUGAUACAUGAUUUGACCAUGGCUGUAUCUAUACCUUGUUACCGAAGGCAUUUCUAUUUAAAUGAAGGGACCUUAUAGGUGCAGAGUUCAAAUGAGAGUGAAAUGUGACUUUUUUUUUUUUACUUUUUUUUUUAGUUCAUACCUGGUUCUGAUCUAAUAAAGCAGAUAUGGUACAGUGAGAAAUACAGCUAACAGAUCCCUUAUUACAUUAACCUAAAAUGAAAACCUUACUCAGUAUCAUUACUUCAGCAUAAGUGAACAUAGCUAACUACAUGCUUACUCAGCACAGGCCCAAAGAACUGACAUUCUUGCAUUUUUGGGAAUAAAUCUGUAAAAACUCACAUGCAUGCAUACACACAAAGCAGGUGUAAAAAUCUGUUCAAACUAUCAACGUUAAGACUGAUCUGUUACACAAGCUAAAUACAAUAUUUGAUUCUAAUUAAACAAUUGUCAUUUUUUAUUUUGAUUGAAUUAAAGUAUACUUUAUUUGUAUUACUCUUCUCUGUAUGUGAGCAUACUUUGCUCUAGCAUGUUGUGAGCAUACUUAAUUUCUGCUCUGUUUUGAACAUCUGUUUAGAAAGUGCCCUUCCAGAGGACCCUGUUCACUGCUGCACUUUUGGGGAAAGACAAAAUAAACUGCCUGUCAAAUUUC